GGAAUAAAGAAAAUAAUAAUCUUAAGCGCUAUGUUUAGUGGUCGCAUGGAGGUGCUAACUGAUUCAGAAGGUUGGAUACUAAUAGAUCGCUGUGGAAACCAUUUUGGAAUCAUACUCAACUUCUUGCGCGAUGGCAGUGUCCCAUUACCCGAAACUAACAAAGAAAUAGCUGAGCUACUUGCAGAAUCAAAAUACUACUGCAUUACCGAGCUUGCAUUGUCAUGUGAACGGGCAAUAUACGCACACAUUGAGCCAAAACCUAUUUGCCGCAUUCCAUUGAUAACUUCGCAAAAAGAGCAACAACUUCUAACCAGCGCGUCUUCGAAACCGGCUGUUAUUUUAGUGGUGCAGCGACAAAACAACAAGUAUUCAUACACAAGCACAUCCGAUGACAUUUUAUUAAAAAAUAUUGAACUUUUCGACAAGUUCUCUCUGCGUUUCAACGAACGCAUUUUAUUCAUCAAAGAUGUUAUUGGACCAAGUGAAAUAUGUUGCUGGUCCUUUUAUGGGCACGGAAAAAAGGUUGCUGAAGUGUGUUGUACUUCUAUAGUUUAUGCAACUGAUCGAAAACAUACUAAAGUGGAAUUUCCUGAGGCACGUAUUUACGAAGAAACACUUAAACAUCAGUGGACUUUUUGCGCCAAUAAUACAUAUUACAAUACAAUAGCCCAAAAGAUGCGGAAAACAUGAAUAAAUA